AUGGGGAAAAACAUCUCUUCAUUCAACUUAUGCCCCCAUGAUUUUUCAAUGGAUGAUAUGGAAAGUCGGACAAGAGAGUCAAAUGCAGAAAGAAACAUAGUUGAUGCAGCAGCUAAUUUGGAUGCUUAUAUAAGGUCAAAAUGUCAUAUUGCACUCGCCACUGCAACAUCUGGCAUAGUUGCUUUGAUUCUUCCUGGAGGAAGAGCUCACUCACGAUUCAAAAUCCCAAUAGAUAUUUCUGAUGAAGCAACUUGUCGUGCUGGUAAGCAAAGCUCUCUAGCAACUUUGAUCAGAGAAUCAAAGUUGAUCAUUUGGGAUGAAGCUCCAAUGUGUAAACGAGUAGCUAUUGAAGCAUUGGAUGAUUUACUUAAAGACAUCAUGAAUUCAAGCGAAAUUUUUAGAGGAAAGGCAGUGAUUUUUGAGGAGAUUUCAGGAGAUGGUUUGGGACAAGUACAUAGUGGUGAUUUAGUUGUUAUACCAUCUUCAAUUUUGAUCAAGUACACCAAUGAACCUGAUGCACUUCAAAGACUAAUAGAUGCUGUAUAUUCUGAUAUUAACAAUAUAUCAAAAAAUACAGUUUUAUCUUUGAACAGAGCAAUACUCACAACAAAAAAUCACUUUGUUGAUGAAAUCAAUGAUCUGAUGAUUGAAAAGUUUCCAGGAGAAAGCAUUGAAUACAACAGUUUUGAUCAAAUAAUUGACUCAAAUCAUCAGGCUGAAUAUGUUGAUUUCCUUAGCACAUUAAGUCCAAGUGAUUUACCUCCUCACAAGUUUGUACUUAAGCCAAAUGCACCAAUAAUUUUGUUACGAAAUCUUGAUCCAACCGAAGGGCUAUGCAAUGGAAUAAGACUAAUUUAUAAAUCUUUGAGUAAAAAUAUGAUUCAUGCACAGAUAGCAAUCGGUCACUUUGCUGGCAAAGAAGUCUUCAUACAUAGGAUUCCUUUGCAACCUUCAAAUAAUGAGGAAUACCCUGUUCCCUAUAAAAGGAUUCAGUUUCCUGUUCGAUUAUGUUUUGCUAUGACUAUCAACAAAUCUCAAGGACAAACACUUGAUUUUGUUGCUGACCAGAUGAGCAGAUGUUUGUUUGAGAUACUCAAUGUCAAUAAACAAACUGGACCAUGGACUGUUCUUGUUCAGGUUGUUGAAAGAGGAAAGAGAUAUUAUGUUUCAAAUGCUUCACUGAUGGACACUUCUGUCAACUUCAGAAUUGAUGAUUAUCUGUUUUCAUGGGCUAUUAACAAUGACCCUUUGAUUGAACCUUAUGAAGAACCAGUUCCACCAGCAUUACCAUGUCUAUUUGAACUCACUCGGUUUGAUGAUCUGCAUAAAUAUACAGACACAGAAAAUCUACGAACUCUUUCCUUAACCUCUCAGUUAUCGUCUUGUUUCCUUUACAAUCUUCCUCUGCCUCUAAAAAUGCAGCUUAAUCAAUGGUUUCUUGAUCACAAACAAGAAUUGAAACAACUGCUUGAGGCAAAAACACACAAAGAUCUUUCCAUCUUGCUUCCUCCUCCAAAAGAGGAAGACAUUAAAGAGAUACGUAAUGUACUAGUUUCAUUUGAUACCCAAAAGACUGCUUGGAUACGAGCUGUUACAAGUUACAUUCCUGGACAGGCAAAGUGUUGGUUCACAACUUGCAUGAAUUGUCACAAGAAUGUCAAUGCUCUAACAGAAUGGAUUAUAACCUGUCCAUCAUGCAAUGAAUCCACUCAUGUUGAACUAAGGUGA